AUGCCUUCAAGCCACACUCCCACUAUCCAGUAUCCGGGAGAUGAGGAUAUGACGACACCCAAGCCAAAUCUUUUAAAUUCUCCAAUCUUCCCAUCUGCAUCCUUCACAUCCGAAUCAACCAUAAAUGCGCCAGAAAAUCAGAUUACUUCUUCUGGCGGGGUUUCGUUAUCGAUAGUAUUGGCUGAGCCGGUUAUUUUUCUUCAAGGCUUCAAUGAGACUGAAUAUGUUGAGGAAACCCCAGCUAUGCUGAGAGGUUCUUUGAUUGUCACGACAUCCAAACCAACUAAAAUCAAAGCUAUCACCUUGACAUUUAAGGGUCACGCAAGGACUGAAUGGCCUGAAGGCAUUCCCCCAAAGCGAGCUGAGACCUAUGAAAGCCAAGAUGUUCACUGCCAUGUGUGGUCGUUUUUCAAUGCCAGCUACGCCAUGGCAGAGUAUUCUUCAGGUGCUCACCUAGUGAGAUAUGCAAAGGAUUUUGGAUCCAGCGCUGUCUCAUCAUUUUCACGAGAUGCGUCUCCCUCGGGGAUGAGGCCUCGCAGCAGUAGUAACAACUCUUUAAGUAGACCAGAAGGCUUACGUGGGCGAACAUCGACUGAUUCUUUCGAAGGUGCUGCUUCUACCCUCAGUGCAGCAACUGGUAUCAAGGGAUUAGCCAACAGAUUUCGAAGAGCAGCGAGUCCUGCACCAUCAAUGCCGUCGUCGCAAACAUUCUCGGGUCUCGCCUUAGGACCACAUCGAAGUUUCUCCAAAACUGAAGCCCAAGAUCAUGAUAUUCAUGCAAAAGGAUAUCGCAUUUUUGAACCUGGCGAAUAUAUUUAUAACUUUGAACUGGCACUUCCCCAAUCGUUACCAGAGACUAUUCGUGCAAAUUUUGGGUCCGUCAUCUAUGAUUUGGAGGCCAUUAUUGAACGUCCUGGUACUUUCAAAUCAAAUAUUUCAGGUACAAAAGAGGUGACUGUCGUCCGUGCCAUGUCAGAUAAUAAUUUGGAGGCAACAGAACCUAUCGCUAUUUCAAGAGACUGGGAAGACCAGCUUCAUUAUGAUAUUGUAAUUGCAGGAAAAUGUUUUCCAAUGGGAACUGAGAUCCCAAUCGCAUUUAAAUUCACCCCUCUGGCAAAAAUGAAAUUGCAUCGCAUUAGAGUGUAUAUCACCGAGAAUGCCGAAUACUAUUGUAAAAACAAAAAGGUACACCGGAUUGAACCAACCAAGAAGUUUCUUAUCAAGGAAUUCCUUCCUGAUGAUGGUAUCUCUGGUUCUUUGCUAGGAGACUUCCAUGGCGUGGAAUUAGAGUCUGUUAGUGAAAUGGAGUAUGAAGUUAAAAUCCCAAUGUCAUUUUCAAACGUAAAAGAACAUCUACACCCCAAUACUGCAUAUGAGAAUAUUGAAAUCCACCAUUGGAUUAAGCUUGUGCUGAGGUUGUCUAAGAUUGAUCCAGAUGCGACCGACAAGCGAAAGUUCUAUGAGAUUUCCAUUGAUUCGCCUAUUAGUCUACUUGACAACCACUGCACCAAUGCCAAUAUUCUACUUCCCCAAUAUAUCCCUCGACGCUCUAGUCUUGUGUCCACUAGUUCUUCGUCUACCCUCCCAACUCCCAUGCCGUCAACAUCACAACGUGCUCCCCAGCGUCCGAUCCAUUUCUUACGGAAACCAUCAGUAGCCCCUCCCCCAUUUGAUGCAGAGGUAUCACCUCCAUCUAUCGAGGAUCGCCCUGAUGCCCCCCCAAGUUAUGAAGCCGUGAUCCAAGAAGAAGAAGCAGAGGCUGAAGAUAUGACCAGACCAGUUAUGAACCAGCUGACUAACUUUAGGCUGGGUUCGAAUUCAUCAACAAAUUCGGGCGGGUCAUCCUCGAGUACGAGUUCUGCAUCUGCAACAUCCAACUUAACCAACACUGAUUCUUAUGAUUCGACUUCCGGUUCAUCUACUACUUCUCAUCAGCAGCAAUAUUACAGUAAUGGUGCUUCUACAAAUAGUGCUCAUUCAUUAUCGAACAAUUCAGACUCUUCUUCUGUGCGAUCGUCAUCAACCGUUACUGAUAGAGCCUCUACGUCAUCUGCUCAAGGGACAUCUCGAACUAGCAUGUCAUCGGUCAGUGAUACCGCCGAGCCAGUGGCCUUCUCUGGAGUUCAAGCAUCUGUUCCACAGAUUCCUCAGCUGGGCCGUCACGAGAGCGUGGCUAGUAGUGUUGAUAUUGCUGACCAGGACCAAGAGUCACUUUACUCGACUAAUUACGACGAUGAUGGGGUCGACCCAAUGGACCAUUCUUCUCCCCGCAUUCCUCAUAUUUCCUUGGAUGUUCCGCCUGAGUCUGAAGAAGACGAUGAGGGGCAUACAAAUAUUCCUUCUAAUGACAGAUUUGGCCGGUCGUUGUAUCGCAUGCCAACCGCAAAUAGCUCGAGCUCUACAGCUGGUUAUGGUCGUCGCAGCUCUAGUACUCCAUCGACUAUGAUAAAUCCCGGUGCGUUACCUGGAGAGGUGUACCCUCUUCUAGGUCACCGACCGAGUCUGAAGGAUGGAAGCGAAUUGAGCCCUAUGGAUUCAGCUGGUGACAUUGGUAGUUUGACUUUGACCGGUGACUUCGAUGAUGCUGCUUCAUUACAGAGUACUCCAUCGCUAUGGAUAAGUUAA